ACUCAAAGUCUCAAACUUCAAAUCAAAGUACAAAGUAGUAAAACUGAUAACAUUUUUUUCUACUAAAUUGUAAACAGCAAAAGGAAAUUACUUUAAAAAAUUUAAUUACUAAUAUAGAAAUGGCAUUAUAUUGCUUCGCCGCAUAGUAAUCUUUCAGUAAUGGCGGUCUACGCCGCGCAUUUAACUCGUACAUUGCAAGGUACUCCGUCGGUGUUUCAAGUGACUGCUCAAGAAGCCCUGGGCUCGACUGUUAAGCCAGCAUUGAGGAAACUUGUCGAGUACCUAGCAGCAGUGUAUCCUAACAAAUGUGGCUGGUGUACGCGAUGGUACCAUGAGCUGUAUUUGUUGUUGGACUUGUGCCUGCAGUACCAUUAUUUGAAACAUUAUGCCGCAUCAUUUUCUGAAUGUUUCUAUGGCCUCCUAAGAGUGCCAAUAUCACCAAGCUCAGAGUUUAGUUCUGGACCUCGGUUGCCCCAGGCCUUGGAGCGAGGGUCCCUUGCUCUUUUGGUGCUGGUGCCUUAUCUGAGGGAUAAGUUGGAGCAACUGAUCAAUCAGUGGAGGGAAGACUUAGAGGAUGGGAGACUAGGUAAGACCAAAUUGGACCAAGCACGCAAAGCAGCAGUGAAACUGUACUCAAUAGCACACUUUGUGACCGAAUCAACCAAGCUGAUUGUACUAGCCCGAUACCUCACCGGCAAAGGGGAGGCUCCGACCUUGCCUCUGCACAUACUGGGGCUCACUCUGAGAGAUGCACCACCUGAGGAACCUGAUGAGAACACCUGGGCUGACUUUUUCAGGAACAUGUUCAAUGGACAGUUGGGCAAUGCUGUGGUAACGUUCCCGAUGGUGUGGCGCGUAGGCAGCAGCGCUGUGGAGUACGGCGCGUUCGCGGUGCAGCUGCUGCGCUGGUGGGACGCGCGCGCGCCGCUCGCCCUGCAUGCGCUGCCGCCGCCUCCGCCGCCACAGAAAGAGGAGCGCGAUGCGAGGUGGCUGAAUGUGUGCCCCGUGUGCUUGCAGCGGUGGAGGGUGCCCACUGUGCUGCCGGUGUCCGGAUACGUGUUCUGCUACACGUGCAUCUCGCGACACCUGCGCGGCGCAGGCGCCUGCCCCGUCACGCGCCUGCCGGCCGCCGAGCGCGAGCUGGUACGCCUCUACCUCGACACCUAACACACGCGUGCAUCUCGCGACACACGCGUGCAUCUCGCGACACCUGCGCGGCGCAGGCGCCUGCCCCGUCACGCGCCUGCCGGCCGCCGAGCGCGAGCUGGUGCGCCUCUACCUCGACACCUAACACACGCGUGCAUCUCGCGACACCUGCCCCGUCACGCGCCUGCCGGCCGCCGAGCGCGAGCUGGUGCGCCUCUACCUCGACACCUAACACACGCGUGCAUCUCGCGACACCUGCCCCGUCACGCGCCUGCCGGCCGCCGAGCGCGAGCUGGUACGCCUCUACCUCGACACCUAACACACGCGUGCAUCUCGCGACACCUGCCCCGUCACGCGCCUGCCGGCCGCCGAGCGCGAGCUGGUACGCCUCUACCUCGACACCUAACACACGCGUGCAUCUCGCGACACCUGCGCGGCGCAGGCGCCUGCCCCGUCACGCGCCUGCCGGCCGCCGAGCGCGAGCUGGUGCGCCUCUACCUCGACACCUAACACACGCGUGCAUCUCGCGACACCUGCCCCGUCACGCGCCUGCCGGCCGCCGAGCGCGAGCUGGUGCGCCUCUACCUCGACACCUAACACACGCGUGCAUCUCGCGACACCUGCCCCGUCACGCGCCUGCCGGCCGCCGAGCGCGAGCUGGUGCGCCUCUACCUCGACACCUAACACACGCGUGCAUCUCGCGACACCUGCCCCGUCACGCGCCUGCCGGCCGCCGAGCGCGAGCUGGUGCGCCUCUACCUCGACACCUAACACACGCGUGCAUCUCGCGACACCUGCCCCGUCACGCGCCUGCCGGCCGCCGAGCGCGAGCUGGUGCGCCUCUACCUCGACACCUAACACACGCGUGCAUCUCGCGACACCUGCCCCGUCACGCGCCUGCCGGCCGCCGAGCGCGAGCUGGUGCGCCUCUACCUCGACACCUAACAUCCACGUGUAUUUUGCGACACCUCGACACCUAACAUAUACGUGAUUUUUGCGACACCUCAACACCUAACAUCAUUGAGCUCCUGACAAUAAUGCCUUAGAAGACGCUCUUAGAAGGCCGUUAUGAAUGUAUAUAACAGUGAUGUGACAUUUCUCAAAUAUACGGACGUGCAAAGGAGUCGAAGACAACUCUGAUUUUUUGUAGGGGUGAUUAAAAUUGUAUAAAUGUAUAAAACUAAAAAGACUAAGUAUUAACUUUCUCUUUCUUUUGUGAUAUUAUUUUUAUUCUGCCUGAUGUUUUUUUCUCUUCGUGGCAUGCGUCCUACCUACGGCAUAAUGAUGUUAGACUGACGGUUUUUUUUUUAAUGAAAAAACCAGGCGAUUUCCAUCUACGUAUUUUUGAAAAUUUUUAAUAACUUUCCCUUAUUUUCAGUAAUGUAAGUAGGUAUAAACUAAUCAUAUUUAAUUAACGGGCUGUGGCAAUAUAUUUAGGGUUGUGUGUAAAUAAAAAACAUUAUAUUUUACAUAA